UCUCUGCCUCCCACAGCCAAACUUGCUGUAUCAUUCAUGCUUCCUGGCUUGACUCACAUGCACAGAGAAGGAAGAGUUAGAGUCUUAGCCACACAUGAAGGAGCUCCGGCUAUUUUAAACCACACUAGACUAGACUCGGGAUAUCUUUAUACCUCUUGCAGAUUAUAUUUACGAAACAGGGGCAGAGAAAAGUCUGAGUUAACUUUCUUAUCUUUGGAGUUUUUUAAAUCCAUCUGCAGGUUAAGGCGUGUGAGAGACUGAGGAAGCGUUUGAGUGAGUCUGUAUGAGUGUGUGAGAGAGACAGAGCGAGAACAAGCAGCAGAAUGAUUGCGGCUCAGCUACUAGCCUAUUACUUCACUGAGCUCAAGGAUGACCAGGUUAAAAAGAUCGAUAAGUACCUGUACUCCAUGCGUUUCUCUGAUGAGACGUUACUGGACAUCACGCAGCGAUUUCGCAAGGAGCUGGUCACAGGACUGGGUCGGGAUACUAAUGCCACUGCUACACUGAAGAUGCUGCCAACAUUUGUACGCUCAAUCCCCGAUGGAUCAGAGAAAGGAGACUUCAUUGCACUCGAUUUGGGAGGCAGCAACUUCAGAAUCCUCCGCGUCAAAGUGAGCCAUGAGAAGAAACAGACUGUGCAGAUGGAGAGUGAAAUCUACGACACGCCCGAGGAUAUUAUUCACGGCACUGGAGCGAGACUGUUUGACCAUGUGGCAGAGUGUCUUGGUAACUUCAUGGAAAAACACAACAUCAAAGACAAGAAACUUCCAGUUGGUUUCACCUUCUCCUUCCCCUGCCAGCAAACCAAACUGGAUGAGGGCUUUCUGAUAACAUGGACUAAGCGUUUCAAGGCCAGUGGAGUGGAGGGGAUGGAUGUUGUCCAGCUGCUUAACAAAGCCAUCAAGAAACGAGGGGACUAUGAGGCUGACAUUAUGGCAGUUGUAAAUGACACUGUGGGAACAAUGAUGACCUGCGGCUUUGAUGACCAGCGCUGUGAAGUCGGCAUUAUUAUCGGUACAGGUACUAAUGCAUGCUACAUGGAGGAGCUGCGUCACAUUGACCUGGUGGAGGGAGACGAGGGCAGGAUGUGCGUGAACACUGAGUGGGGAGCCUUCGGGGACGACGGCAGGCUGGAAGACAUCAGGACUGAGUUUGACAGGGAGAUAGACAGAGGCUCUCUCAACCCGGGCAGCCAGCUAUUUGAGAAGAUGGUCAGUGGGAUGUACAUGGGGGAGCUGGUUCGCCUCAUCCUGGUGAAGAUGGCCAGAGAAGGCUUGCUGUUUGAGGGAAGGAUCACCCCCGAGCUGCUCACUAAAGGAAAGAUCGAGACCAAGCACGUCUCAGCCAUAGAGAAGAGCAAGGAAGGGUUGAUCAAGGCGAGAGAGAUUUUGAACAAACUGGGUUUGGAGCCAUCAGCGGACGACUGCAUUGCUGUGCAGCAUGUUUGUGCCAUUGUGUCUUUCCGCUCCGCCAGCCUUGUAGCUGCUACUCUGGCCGGCAUCCUGAUGAGGCUGAAGGAGAACAAAGGAGCGUCACGUCUCCGAACCACUGUAGGCAUCGAUGGGUCUCUCUACAAGAUGCACCCACAAUAUGCCCGUCGUCUUCACAAGACAGUCAGACGUUUGGUCCCGGACUGCGAUGUUCGAUUCCUCCUCUCGGAGAGCGGCAGUGGAAAGGGUGCUGCCAUGGUGACCGCUGUGGCCUACAGACUCGCUGAACAAUCGCGACAAAUCGCCCAAAUACUGUCCGAGUUUUCCCUGACGACUGAACAGCUGCUGGAGGUGAAGCAGAGAAUGAAGAUAGAGAUCCAAAAUGGCCUUUCUAAAAGCACACAGGACAUUGCCACAGUCAAAAUGCUGCCAACCUUUGUGCAAAGCACUCCUGACGGCACAGAACAUGGUGAUUUCCUGGCUUUAGAUUUAGGAGGAACCAACUUCAGAGUUCUGUUGGUUAAAAUUCGCUCUGGGAAGAGGAGAUCAGUGGAGAUGCACAACAAAAUCUACGCUAUUCCUCUCGAAGUGAUGCAGGGCACAGGGGAGGAGUUGUUCGAUCACAUCGUGCACUGUAUCAGUGACUUCCUGGACUACAUGGGGAUGAAGAAUGCCCGUCUUCCUCUGGGCUUCACCUUCUCCUUCCCCUGCCGACAGACCAGCCUGGACGCUGGCAUCUUGGUGACAUGGACCAAAGGCUUCAAGGCGACAGACUGCGAAGGGGAAGAUGUGGUGGGACUGUUGAGGGACGCCAUUAGGAGGAGAGAGGAAUUUGAUCUGGACGUGGUUGCUGUAGUGAAUGAUACAGUGGGAACCAUGAUGACCUGUGCCUAUGAAGAACCCACCUGUGAAGUUGGUCUUAUCGCCGGUACUGGCAGUAAUGCGUGUUACAUGGAAGAGAUGAAGAACGUUGAGAUGGUUGAGGGCGAUGAGGGACAGAUGUGUGUCAACAUGGAGUGGGGAGCUUUUGGAGACAACGGAUGCCUGGACGACAUCAGGACAGAGUACGACCGUUCUGUGGACGACUUCUCCCUAAACCCGGGGAAACAAAGAUAUGAGAAAAUGAUCAGCGGCAUGUACCUCGGUGAAAUCGUGCGGAACAUCCUCAUCGACAUGACCAAAAAAGGAUUCCUGUUCAGAGGACAGAUUUCUGAAACCCUAAAGACCAGAAGCAUCUUUGAAACAAAGUUCCUGUCACAGAUAGAAAGUGACAGAUUGGCUUUGCUGCAGGUGCGAUCAAUCCUGCAACACUUGGGCCUGGACAGCACCUGUGAUGACAGUAUCAUAGUCAAAGAGGUUUGUGGAACAGUGUCACGUCGUGCAGCUCAGCUAUGUGGCGCAGGAAUGGCGGCAGUGGUCGAUAAGAUUAGAGAGAACCGUGGACUGGACCAUUUGGACAUCACCGUAGGGGUAGACGGGACCCUGUACAAAUUACAUCCACACUUCUCCCUGAUCAUGCACCAGACGGUUAAAGAACUGGCUCCAAACUGUAAUGUCAAGUUCUUGCUGUCAGAGGAUGGAAGUGGAAAAGGAGCUGCACUCAUCACAGCCGUGGGCUGCCGGCUAAGACAGGAGCUGAACAGCAAAUAGAACAUUUUCUGCAUCUCACUGUUAUCUCAUCCCCUCUCCUGCCCCAGUUCUCAACCAUUGUCUCCUUUCCUCCUAAAUCAAACAAGACCAGUCGACAUAUCACGCUCCGGUAGCUGCUUUAGUCCGUCUACGUGAGGCAGAGAAAAGGAGAGGUUUUCUCUCUGUUGUGGUUAGAUUUAUUAACAGCACCCAGUCUCUUAAGGAUAUUGCAAGUUUGCAAUUUCUGUGGAUAAAACACGCACAAGUAGCCCUUUGUCUUUUUUUUUUUUAAUGCAGGACAGUCGCAUGCCUGUAAACCCCCUUUGUCUCCAUCUGGAGGAAUUCUCUGGUAACUGCAUUCUGUUAUAAGUUGCAGGUCAGCACACCAGUUGCAGAGAAACAUCGCAGAUUGAUUCUUUUAACUUGUUCAGUAGAAACA